AUGUUCCGCGGGUCCGUCGAAGGUGCCGUUCGGGAUUCAAGUUUACGCCUAUUACCCAGGUGUCGAGCGUAUGCAGUUAAAUGUUAUCGAUGCGAAAAGAUAGGACAUUUUGCAAAGUGUUGUCGAGUGAAGUUUGCGCGGGAGUUGCAGGAUGCAGGCUCUGACGAUAAGGGUUAUGAGGAUUACGGUGAGGACAGUGAGGCAGACAAUGACAACUGGAUAGGAUUAACGGAACCUAAGAGCUCCAUAGACGGUGGUUUUCGACGCACGGGCAGGGCUACCAACGCACUGAGCAUAAACAUUGCGGUGUUGCCAACCUUAAUAGAUAUCCCACAGCCUUCGGCAAAGUCGCCGCGGCGCACUGGCCGUAUAUUCGGAAACCAGUACCGAACGAGAACCUUAACAUCUCACCCGAGAGCGUUCACCCUUGACCCCCAACUGCCGUUGGUCAUCUUGGCUCCGUCCCGCUCGCACCCGCUGCGGCGCGUGUCCAGCCCUCUCGCUCGACUUGCGGUGCACGAUCCGAUCAGGCGUGUGGAUCCGGGUAUCCUCACAGAAUUGCAUUCAACAACUCGGUACACGAAU